AGCUAUGCAGCUAGCUAGGUGCUCGGUCGUUUUCUUCUUCGAGUUUGAGGGAUUGCUACUGCGAUUUGACGAAGAAGAAGAAGAAGAGGAGGAAUCUGAAUGGGGUACGUACAAGAGGCGCGAGAGAAUCAUGUCAAGAAGAAAGUGGAAGAAGCUUUGCGCAGCAAAAUGAAACAGAAGGCCCUGAAAGAGUGUGAUCAAUACACUUCCAAAUAUGCUCAAUGCGCCUCUGGCAAAACCAUCUCUGUCGUUUGGCAGUGUCGGAAGCAAGCUAAAGAAUUGAAUGAUUGUCUUCAUCAAUUCACUAAUGAUACAGUUCUGGAGGAAAUGAAGAAAGACUACAUGCUACAACAUGGUGUGGAGGGCACUGCUAGAGUCUAGCCUAGUUAAAUGCCGAUGCGAAUGCCAAAGAUUGUCAUAUGCUCAAUUAAGCUGGUGCAUGGUGCAUUCGAACCAUCCUUGUGUUUGUAAACUUUCCAGAAAUUUGGAUUCAGUUAGAACAAGAAUGAAAGAACUUCCAAAAUGUUUGAUGAUUCUUGCGCAUGAAAUAUUCUAGUAGUAGAAGGAAUUGAAGUCAGGACUUGAGAGGUUAUUUGAGGGGAAAUAGAUAUAUUGAGUUUAAGUCUUGAUUUUCUUUGUUUAAAGCUUUCCAAUGCAUUUAUUUCACUCCGUGGCUUGAAUAAUCCAGACAGAGCUGUUGUCUCAUGACUCAUCGUUUAGCCGAAACAAAUUGGCUUUCUUGUUUUUUAUGUUUUUACAUUGAACACAUAUUAAACUAGUUUCUCUGUAUUGUAAGCCGAUUGAGAUUUUCUAAUACUUGGAUAGUUGGAUUGGAAUGCUUUGUAUUAUAGAAACA